GGAGCUCGCACAUGCUCGGCAUGCUUUUAUAGGCUAAAUAGUUGAAAACCUGGUCGACUUGAUCGUGCUUCCACCUUUAAACAGCGAGUGUCUGUCUGAAACCAGCCGGCUCGUCUGACAAACAGGGAGCAGAAACAGACAACACCAUGAAUAUGACCAGGUGUCUUAUUGCCGAGGCGGAGGUGCAGGCGUUCAUCAAGCGGUGCAUGCUGAGCGUGGGCACCAGACCCAGCCAUGCCCGCAGCCUGGCAGAGGUGCUGGUGGAGGGAGACCGGAGAGGGCAUUACAGCCACGGCCUCAACCGGAUGGGAUGGCGAGCCAGUCAUCGAAAGGGAGACUGUGGCCACCGGUCUGGUGGACGGGAGGAACCUGUUGGGUCCAGUGGUAGGAAACUUCUGUAUGAGCCUGGCCCUGAGGAAGGCCCGGGACGUGGGCAUCGGCUGGGUGGUCGCGCGAGGCUCCAAUCACUAUGGCAUCGCUGGUUAUUACGCCAUGCAGGCCCUGAAAGAGAACAUGAUCGGCAUGUCCUAUACAAACACCUCUCCACUGGUGGUCCCUACCAGAGCUAAAGAGUGCACUCUUGGGACCAACCCCAUCAGCGUAGCGGCUCCAGGUAAACAUGGAGACAGCUUUGUGCUGGACAUGGCGACGUCUGCAGUGGCGUUGGGAAAGGUGGAGCUUCACGACAGGAACGGUACCUCCAUCCCAGAGGGCUGGGGCUGUGACUCGGAGGGCAAGCUGAGCACUGACCCCAGCAAGGUCCUCCAGGGAGGGGGCCUGGUGCCCAUUGGAGGGUGUGAGACCACAGGGGGAUACAAGGGCUUUGGCUUGGGCAUGAUGGUGGAGGUGUUCUGUGGAAUGCUAGCAGGGUCUGAGUACAGUCGCUACAUUCGAACGUGGAGGGUGACAGAUCGGGCUGCUAAUCUGGGUCAGUGUUUUGUAGCGAUAAACCCAGAGAACUUUGCUCCAGGUUUUAACGACAGAAUGUCAGACCUACUGUCUUUACACAGAUAUUUGGAGCCUGCCGAGACUGAGAUGCCGGUUGUUGCGCCGGGAGACCCAGAAAGAAUUCAUAUUGAAAAAUGUAAUUCUCUCGGUGGCAUACCGUACCAUCUCAGCGUGGUCAACCACAUGAAUACUUUUGCCAAAAGCAUAGGGGUCACUCCCCUGCUUUCAGUUAACAAGGUGAUUGAAUAACACCUGACUGGCUGGAGUGUCGGCUGUAGUCCUGCACUUUACACGGUGAUGCUUGAAAAAGGUGAUCUGUCCUCGCAUCAAGGUCAAGCCAAGAGUGGGUUCAGUUAUGUGCUAUAGAAGAAUGUCCUCAGCCUUCUUCUCAGGAUGACCAUCUUCAAAGAGAAAGAAGACUUAAAAUAUGGGAAACUGUAGGAUGCAGAAUGUGCAGUAACUGAAUUUAUGGUCAAACGGGUAGUUUCAGUUUUAAUCUUGCUCAUAUAUACUCAUUUGAAAGAAUCUUUUACACUGGAGCCACAGGGUAUUUUACGUAUUUCAAGAUAGAAAUAGUUUUAUACAUAAUAAAAAUAACUUAUUCAUAUACAAUGUCAUACAUUAUUGGUGUUACACCACAGGUGUUACACCACAGGUGACACUGCGGUGUUUUUUUCCGAGGGCAUUCGGUUUGCUUCAGAUCUCAGGAUA